AUGGAUAUCCCCUUGAUCGAGUCCGGGAUCAUCAUCAACCCUAAUUUUCUAUCUCGUUUCCUCGCCGGCCUCAACAGCCACUGGGCCUACUGUGCUCUCGCCGUCGCCGCCGUCGCCGCCUUCAGUAGCCUCGCAAAGAGGACGCGAUUGGUGUUUUUCCGAUUUCCCAGUGCCAAAUCCGUCAUUCCGCACCCUCCAACCUACUUCUCCGACACCGACGAUGUCUCCUCUUCCGAUUCCGAUGACGACACCGAGGCGGAGGAGGAGGACGACGACGUCAACCAUGAAGAUGAUGCCAUGGCGUCUGAUGAUGAUGAAAGUGAGUCUUUUUGUGGUAAUUGUUGGGUGGAUGAAGGGAGAAAUGGGGAUUCGGAGGAGAGGGUUUUCUGGCCGGAGCUCGUCGGCGGAGGCGCGAUUGUGAAGGUAUGGGAUGGGUUAGGGUUAGGGUUCCGUAAAUCAGGAACGGAGAAGUUGAUUUCGUUGAUGGAUCUGAGUCGUGGGGAUGCCAUCAGCUCGUUUCUAGCUGGGAGAGGCCAGAUCCCGGCGGCUUUCAUGGAGUCACCGGCGGUGGUGCUAUCCGGCGCGGCGGAUAUCGGAGGGAACUUCAAUAUUAGGGCAUGGGAUUCAAGGACCGGCGGCGAAGCAUCGGGUGUUUCGUUUGGGCCGCGGAGGCGGAGGAGAGUAGAGGGAAUCGCCGGAGGGGAAGGGAGGGUUUUCGUUCGGGAUGACGCCGGCGAGGUCUCGCUGGUGGAUCUGAGAAACGGGAAGACGACGGCGGCGGUGGGCGGAGAGACGUUUUGGGACGCUGACGCCGUUUUCGUUGACGGCGGCGGAGACGAUGAGGGGAAAUCGGGGAUGGUGGGCGGCAGUUCGGUGGCGGCGUGGUGUCGUAACGCCGUUAGAUGUUUUCCCGUUUUGCCCUCGUCGAGAUGA